CAGAAAGUAUCCAUGCAGGCAGUUCACGGCAGAAGGAGAGAGACAUUUGGGAGAAAGCAGAGGGGAGGAGAAAGAAGGGGAGAAGGAGGAUCCGGGGAAAAAAGUUUGAAAGGAAUCGAGAGACGUUUGAGUGGAAGAGAAAAGAGCGGAGGAAGAAGACGACAGCGUGUGUUUUCUGACUGGAUUUGCUUUAAAAACCCGCUGCCGGGGAGCCGCUGCCGUCGGUCGGAUUAGAUGAGUUUUGACUUCACGAUGAGGAGCGACCCCGUUCUGUUCGCUUCCAGCAGGGCGAUGGAGGAGCUGGUGUGUGAGCUUCGUCUGUUCCUGGACCUGCUGGACAGGGAGUAUCUGAGCGCCGGGGUCCGAGAGAAGAAGACGCACCUCUCCAACAUCCUGCACAGAGUCCUAGCAGACAAAGAACCUUCAUUCAAGUCAGAGAUCCACAGCGGCCUUCCAGCCCCGCCUCAGAUGCCCCUACCAGAGAUCCCUCAUCCCUGGCUGCCUCCAAACAACGGCCCUCCUCCACUGCCCAGCUCCUCUCUGCCAGAAGGUUACUACGAGGAAGCAGUUCCUUUAAGUCCUGGGAAGGCUCCUGAAUACAUCACCUCCAACUAUGACUCGGACGCCAUGAGCAGCUCCUACGAAUCGUACGACGAGGAAGAGGAGGACGGGAAAGGUCAGAAGAUGCGGCACCAGUGGCCGUCCGAGGAAGCGUCCAUGGAUCUGGUGAAGGACGCCCGGAUUUGUGCGUUCCUGCUGCGCAAGAAACGAUUUGGCCAGUGGACCAAACUCCUCUGUGUCAUCAAGGACAACAAACUGCUGUGUUACAAAUCCUCCAAAGACCACACCCCUCAGAUGGAGCUCACCCUAUCAGGGUGCAGCAUCACUCACGUCCCCAAAGACGGCAAGAAGAAGAAGCAUGAGCUGAAGAUCGUCCACCAGGGGGCGGACGCCUUGGUGCUGGCGGUGCAGAGCAAAGAACAGGCCGAGGAGUGGCUCAAGGUGAUGAGAGAGGUGUGCGUUAAUGGGAGCGUAGACUUGGACGGAGCUGGAUCUGGAUCGCCGGUGCACAAGCCUGAGCUGGAAAAGAAGGCGUCGAGUGACAGGCCGAGCUCAGACGGCGAAGCGACCCAUGAAAAUGGACACGGUGACUGCAAGGAUCAAGGAAAGGGAAAGAAAAACUCAAAGUCGGAGCAGAAGUCUGGGACUGUGGGGAAGGGAGCAGGCAAGAAGAUCACUAAGAUCAUCGGGCUGGGGAAGAAGAAGCCAUCCAUGGAUGAGCAGACGUCGUCCGCAGAAGAAGACGUACCCACAUGUGGCUACCUGAACGUGCUCUCCAACAACCGCUGGCGGGAGCGCUGGUGCCGCCUCAGAGACAACCAGCUGCUCCUCCACAAGGACCGGGAUGACUUGAAGAGCCACAUCGCCUCUCUGCCCCUCCGAGGCUGCGAGGUCAACCCCGGCCUCGACCACAAGCACCCCUUCGCCUUCCGCCUGCUGCGUAACGGCCAAGAGGUGGCCGUCCUGGAGGCCUCCUCCUCUGAGGAGAUGGGCCGUUGGUUGGGGGUUUUGCUGGCAGAGACCGGCUCCACCACCGACCCAGCCACCUUGCACUACGACUACAUCGAUGUGGAGACCACCGCCAACGUCAUCCAGCUGGCCAAGCAGUCCUUCUGUUUCACCAGUAAGCGUGCCGUCUCUCCUAACCCGUACCUGGACAACCCGGUCAACGGCUACGCCUGUCCUACUGGUAUGGCUCUGCACUACGACGACGUCCCCAUAAACGGGAUGGACCCGGCGCUGUACUCCAGUCCCAGCACUGGGGGGCGCCAGCUGAAAGAGGAGGCGCAUUAUGAGAACGCCGACCUCUAUGAGAACAUGCCCUCACCCGAGCUGGCCACCCGCUAUCCUCCCAAGCAAUCUUCUGCUUCUAAGUCCUCCUCCUCCACUCCUACUGGUCACUACAAAACCCCUGUCUCUAAAGUCUCUUCUAAGUUCCUCGCUGCUGAUUCUAAAACUAAAGAGCUAAAGGGGAAGAAGGGAGCAACAACCAACGGGGUGGCGUCAAAACAGAAGGCAGACCCGAAGAAUCAGUCCAAGAAGAAUGGAUUCAAUGGGACAAACGGGACGGCGUCUCUAAAACGCAACAACUCCGCAGAUGCAGAGCAGUGCAAGUACGGGAAGAACCGCGUGGAGGCCGACGCCAAGCGACUGCAGGCCAAGGAGGACGAGCUGAUGAAGAAGAAGCAGGAGAUCAGGAGCCAUCUGGCCCAGCUGAAGAAGGAGAGGAGAGACCUGCGCACGGCUGUGGAGGCUGCUGCCGGCAAACGCUCGCAAGCGUCUCUGUCGGAGCGGCUGAAGAAGGUGGAGGAUGAUUGCAGGCAAAAGGAGGAGGAGAGGGUGAACCUGGAGCUGGAGCUAACGGAGGUGAAGGAGAGCCUGAAGAAAGCGCUGAGCGGAGGCGUCACCCUGGGCCUCACCAUCGAACCGAAAGCUGGCUCCUCCGGCCUCCAGUCGCCGGCAGUGUCGCGGCGGACGCAGGAGUCUUCUCCCUUCUCCAGCUGCGACACCAGUGACACCGAGUCGUGCUCGCUGCCCGUCAACAGCGCUUCACUGCUCCGCCGGCAGCAGGGCAGCCAGAAGGCCUCAACGGUCCGGGGACACGUCCUCAGGAAGGCUAAGGAAUGGGAGCAGAAGAGCGGCACAUAAACGGCUCAAGGCCUCGCAUCAGUCUUCCUUUCGUUGCUUUUUUCUGUUGGAGAAAUUGUGUAUAUAUUUAUUUAAAACUGUUCAUACGGUCAGAGAGCGUGCUGAGGAGGACACAAGCAUAGCAUUCAUGCACCAAAACGAGUGGCUGGUUUCGUAUACUCCAAACACCACAACAUACAUAGCAACCCUUUUUAAACUUUUAUACUAUUGAGCAUGCUUGGUGUACUAAGUUGUGCAACUUGUGUUGUCCGCUGUACUUUCUUUACGAACGGCUACCGCUCUGUUUUCUUUUCUCCCAAAGUCUGUUGCAGCAGUUUGAGUUAAAAAAAUAAAGUCAAAACCAAGUAUUUAUUUGUAAAUGUUUAAAGGAUAUACUAGCUUCCCUUUGUUUAUUUAUGUUGAUAUAUUUAAAGUAUUUUUGUAGAAUUUGUGGCUCUCCACACGACGUUUCCUACAACAUUAGCGAUGGUCAUUCGUAGAAGUAAAAUCCAUCAGAACAGUCGUAGCACAUACCAGCUGGGCAACAGUGCAGCUCCUCUUACGGAUAUGUAAAGAAGCAGCAAUUAUUCUUCCUCUGUGAUUGUGAGAUGUGCUGGAAGGUGAGUGCAGACGGUGCAUUAUUGUUGGUUCAAUUUAAGGAGAUUUUCACACAAAAGUGAUAAACAGAAUCAAAGUCUGGCUGUAAAGAACUCUUGGCAGAAACGAGAAAUUUGAAGAAGUUUGACACAGGGGUCUUUCCAGAAUUGGAGGACAGUUUAUUUGUUGGAUUCAAAGCUGGUUACUGAGUGGAAACUAGCUAGAGUGAACUAGCCUGAUUAGUGAUGACCAUUUGCCACAGAUUUGGGAGUAGGUAACCUCAAAGAACGUGUGAAAGCAAAGGUAUUUUAAGCUAGCACAUGACACCCACCUGCACUCCAGUUAAACCCGUCAUUCUCAUUUUUAGCUGCAAAGUCUCACAGUGCAGAUCUCCCUAAUGGAGUAAUUGUGCUUCUUUAUUUAAACUCGUAGUGCGUUGAUGGAUGGCUGUCAUUCGGCUGCAGUGGGACUCCAGCAGGGUGUGUGCUGCUGCUUGGAAAGUCGGGCAGGUCAGGCUCGGGCGUGGCCGCCCUUAGAUUUGGCGCUCCGAGUCGGGAAAACUCAGAAACCCCAGCCGACGUGGCUGAUGUUAGUCUCUCAUCCAAGAGUCCAGCUCCUCUAAUCACGCCACUGGUCUACUGUAGCCCUGUGAUCUGUGUGUGUGUGUGUGUGUGUGUGUGUGUGUGUGUGUGUGUGUGUGUGUGUGUGUGUGUGUGUGUGUGUGUGUGUGUGUGUGUGUGUGUGUGUGUGUGUGUGUGUGUGUGUGUGUGUGUGUGUGUGUGUGUGUGUGUACUUGUACUUGCUACAUUGUGAGAACCAUUUUCUGCAUUUAACUAUCAAAGUGAGAACAUUUUUACAAAGUGAGGACAUUUUGACCGGUCCUCACUUUGAAACAGCCAUGUUUGAGGGUGAAGACUUGUUUUUAGAGAACAGGUAUGAAUUGAGGUUUGGUUAGGGUUAGGGUAAGGAUUAAGUUUAGGCAAUCAGUUGUGAUGGUUAAGGUUAGGGUAAGGCUCUAGGAAAUGCAUUACGCCUAUGGAUGUCCUCACUAAGAUAGAAGUACAAACAUGUGUGUGUGUGUGUGUGUGUGCUCAAAUGUCUCCAAGGCACAUUCCAAACCCUUCAACAAUACACUGACUGAAAUAGAGGCACUUGCUGUAAACUCAAAUUGCUGUGGGUUCUGCUAAAUCAAAGACUGUGACUUCGAUUUUCAAAUUGCUACACACUCACUCACUCACUCACUCAUCAAUAUCACAUGUUUAUGGUGCUUUUUUGAUACUGGCUUUACGUUCCACUGCCUAAGCUUUGCUGCCAUGUAGAUCCAGUUAAGUCUAGAAGGUGCUUUAUUGGGAUCGUCGACGGAUGUGCUGUUAAAAUGCACACAGUUUGGACGUCAGCGAUCCGCAGUCAUGUAAAUAUUUUCUAUCUCCAGCCUGCUUUCAGAUUAAUAUCCCACUAGUCUGCGAGCUACAGCAUGUUAGCAUGAAGCCUGGGCCGCAGGGGAGUUUUGUCUACAAGUAUUUAGAUCUACCAGAGCGGGAUGUCGGUAAAUGUGAACCUGCUGUACAUAGCUUGGCAUUGCAGGGGGAGGGUUGGUUUGGGGGGUCGACGGCUCCAUGCAUCAGUGUUUGUUUUUGCACCUUAUACGUUCUCUACUCUGUUGUAUAUCUCAGACAGUCUCCACCUUGGAGACAGACAUGCUUGUACAUAAAUGAAUAAACUUCCUGACAAACA